UAAAAAAAAUUAUUACUUUCUCCUCUACGCAUUGAAUUUUCUUGAAUAUGCCGAUGCAGAUCUUUGUGAAAACUCUAACUGGGAAGACAAUCACCCUUGAGGUUGAGAGCUCUGACACUAUUGAUAAUGUCAAGGCUAAGAUUCAAGAUAAGGAAGGCAUCCCUCCUGACCAGCAACGUUUGAUUUUCGCCGGUAAACAGUUGGAAGAUGGCCGUACCCUUGCGGACUACAAUAUCCAGAAGGAGUCUACUCUUCAUCUUGUCCUUCGUCUUCGAGGUGGUAUGCAGAUCUUUGUUAAGACUCUAACUGGCAAGACCAUCACUUUGGAAGUCGAGAGCUCUGACACGAUCGAUAAUGUCAAGGCCAAGAUUCAAGAUAAGGAAGGCAUCCCUCCUGACCAGCAACGUUUGAUUUUCGCCGGUAAGCAAUUGGAAGAUGGCCGGACCCUUGCUGACUACAACAUUCAGAAGGAAUCUACUCUUCACUUGGUGCUCCGUCUUAGAGGUGGUAUGCAAAUCUUUGUGAAGACCUUGACUGGGAAAACUAUUACUUUGGAGGUGGAGAGCUCUGACACCAUUGACAAUGUAAAGGCCAAGAUCCAGGAUAAGGAGGGAAUUCCUCCGGACCAGCAAAGGUUGAUUUUUGCAGGAAAGCAGCUCGAGGAUGGUCGUACUUUGGCUGAUUACAACAUUCAGAAGGAGUCUACUCUUCACCUUGUCCUUCGUCUCCGAGGUGGUGGUAAUUAGAAAUUCUUGAUUGCGAAGAAGAUGGUUUAGUUCUUUGCUGUUACAUUGUGUUUAUUAUGUCUUGGAUAAAUAGAAUGCAGUUUUAGUUUUUUAUGUAAGCUCUUUUUGAACUUUGGCCUGCUCUUGGCUUGCAUGAAUUCAAGUAUCUUUAAUGCU